AAUGCCGCGGCAGGAAGUAAAGAGAUGGAGAGCGCGGCGCCGUCGACGCUGCACCAGCAGCCCAAGCUCACGCAGACGGUUGGCGGCAGUAACGCCGGAGCAGGCACAGAGCUUGUCGACGAGCUUCCCCAUCGGCGGAGGAAGCGGCUGCGUGAGGAGGCCAAGGAUGCGACAUCCGACACGGCAUUGCGACCAGAUGCCUCUGCCAGGCUAUCGAACAGCGCGCAAUCUCUCCCAAUGCAAUCACUGCGUCGUCGCUGGCUUACCUACCUCGCCCUCUCGAAGCCGCAACUUUCCUUCCUCAUCGUGCUCACCACCGCCGCAACCUACGCCAUAUACCCGGUCCCCGCGCUCCUGGCACCCGCUGCCACUGCCACGCCCUCCCUCUCGACCCUCACACUUUUCUUCCUAACUACCGGUACCGCGCUCGCAUCCGCCUCCGCCAAUGCCUUCAAUAUGCUUUUUGAGCCGGCACACGAUGCCAAAAUGAGCAGGACGAGAAACCGGCCAUUGGUCCGCGGUCUGAUCAGCAAGCCUAGCGCGCUGCUUUUCGCAUUGGCGACAGGCGCUACUGGUGUCGCCUCGCUCUACUUCGGCGUCAACCCUACAACGGCUUUUCUCGGUGGUCUGAACAUCUUCAUCUAUGCGGGCUGCUACACACCAAUGAAGCGGGUUUCGGUCAUCAACACUUGGGUCGGGGCCAUCGUCGGCGGCAUUCCCCCGCUGAUGGGCUGGACGGCAGCCGCAGGCCAGUGCGCCAUCGGUGGCGGCACAUGGCAGGAACUGCUGCUUGGGCCGGAGUCACUUGGCGGUUGGCUUGUCGCAGCACUGCUGUUCGCGUGGCAAUUCCCGCACUUCAACGCGCUGAGCUGGACAAUUCGCGAGGAGUACAAGAACGCUGGUUACCGCAUGCUGGCGUGGACGAACCCGCGCAGAAACGGCCGCGUCGCCCUGCGCUACAGCUUCCUCAUGUUCCCUAUCUGCAUUGGCCUUGCCUACGUUGGCGUCACGGACUGGGGCUUUAUCGCAACGAGCUCCGCCAUCAAUGGCUGGAUGACGUAUCAGGCAGUGCGGUUUUGGAAAUAUGAAGGCACAAAAGGCACCGCUAGGGGUCUGUUCUGGGCGAGUGUUUGGCACCUGCCUAUCGUGCUGGUUUUGGCCAUGGCGCACAAGAAGGGAUUGUGGGAGAGGGUCUGGCGGGCAGUGACCGGCGGUGCCCCACUGGAGGAAGAAUACUGGGAAGAUGAUGAAGAGGAAGAUGAACAGGUGAUGAAGAGGCCUGCGCCUGAAGCUUCUAUGGCUAUCAUCACGAGGUGAUUUUGGAAAAAUAAAUGGCAGCUUUCAACCGAUGCGCUUUGUUCCAGGAAUUUGUCUGCGCGUCGUUUUCUUUUGCGCGUGUAUAUAUAUAGUAUUGCGCAUGCAUUCACGGC